GCCCUCACAGCUAUUAAAGGAGGACGGAUGCCAUCUCCUGGAAGUAUGCCGUCCUUCGAAGAAAUUAAGGACAUACUAGGGUUUAACAAGUACUAUGAAGAAGAGAAGCGUUAUGCAAUCAACAUCUCUCAACUUACUUCACAAAGCGGUUAUUCUUCGGCAAGCAGCGAUACAUACAGUACUCAACAAAUUUCUCAAGGUGAUAAAGACCAGAAAAAUCAAAGUGUACAAGAUCCUGUGGUUGAAGUAGUCACUCCUGAAGUGUAUAAUAAAUAUGCUGCAGAUAAUUCUAGUGGUCCAUUUUCAGGGAUCUGGUCAAUAAAAUUGAGAGUUAAAAUUACUGGACGUGAUGGGUUUGAGAAGCUUGAUAUCCAAAUUCCUGCUGGAUUCUUGGAAGGAAUAACCAAUAUAGUUCCAGCUUUGGGGGGUAUAAACAUCAAAGCGCUCUUGGAUGAUGCUGAUGCAGAAGGAGGCGGCAAAGUUUUACUAGAUUUCAAAGACAGGAUGGGUGAUAGGAUUCAAGUCUUUUUGGAAUAAAGAUAUGAAAUUCAUUCUUUAAAGCUUAAGCAGUA